AUGCCUCUUCCCAGAACACUGCUGCUGCUUCUCCUCCUCGUCACUGUCUUAGCCGCUUGCCUGAGUGCCUCUGAAUCCAUCGGCGAUGGGAAGCAGGUCUAUAUCGUGUACCUGGGGCACCUACCCAGCACUGAUGCGUCAGAGCCUGAAGGUUUCUCUGCUGUAGAGUUUGCUCAUCACGACCUGCUGGUCCUCCACGACGGCAGGUCUGAAAUUCUCUUUUCACCAGAGAGUAACACCUGA